AUGGGACCGCGAAAGAAGGCGAAGCGCACGCACUCUUCGACUCCUCAAGCCGAAGCAGCACAAUCCGCCGCGAAUACACCCGGCUCAAGCGCAAGCGUUGAGAAAGAAGAAUACGAUCACCUCAACGACCCCUGGACCGACGAGCAAGAAACAGCGCUGCUGAAGGCUAUCAUUAAGUGGAAGCCUGUUGGCAUGCACAAGCACUUCCGCAUGAUCGCAAUCGCAGAUUAUCUACAAAGUCAAGGGUUUGGUCCGUCCAAUGGGGAGCAUAUGCAGAUCCCUGGGAUAUGGAAAAAAUUGGGCACACUUUACAACCUAGAAGCUUUGGAUGAACGAGAAAAUCCCGUCUACACAGGUUGGAAUGGCGAAGAAGAUGACGAAGAUGGCGAGAGCGACUGGUAUUGCCCAUUCGAACUGCCCUACGAAGAAUACGGCGACUUGAUGUUCGCAAGGCGGCUCGCCGAAGAUGGAUCUUCUUCUCCUAUAAGCAGCGUUCGAGGUGACUCGCAAAAUGGAAGUACAGCAGGCGACACAGAUGCCGCUAAUUACGUAGCUCUGUCGGAACCUGCCUCCUCUCCUGCCCCAUCUCGUAGUGGGCGCAAGUCCAACAACGGCACUCGCAAACGGGCGACACGAUCAACAAAAAUCCAGGUCGAAAUUGAGAAUGAUGGCCACGAGAAGGGCUCUGAUGCAGGUGCAGGAUCUGACGACGAUACAGGUGGAAAUGAAGACGAAGAGGGCGAAGAGGGGAGCGACGGAGAAGAGAGUGAGGCUGAAGAGGCCGAGGAAGAAAAGGGUGGGCCACGCAGCACCAGAGCGUCACGGUCUAAACAGAAGGAUAAGAAACCCGCAGCAAACACAGCAAGUACUGCAAUUCGGAGGACAGCUCGUCGACGUUAA